UCUCUACGCUCGUCAAUGGCGGCAAAGCAACCAUUUCUCCACUGCAAGAAAUUCUCCCUGCCAAGACGCAGUUUUUCUUCACAAAUCCCAAUUAGCUGCUCAUCCACCAAUUCGCAGCAAUCCCUUUCUUCGGAUUCAUUUUUGGUAGAAAAGAUUUUAUGGGCUCUAAAAAGAGGUCAGUCGAUCAACACCCAUUUAUUUUACCAGCUGAACCCAUCAACAUACACCCAAGUUCUAUGCCAAUGUCGCAACGAUGUUCAUACUGGUCAGAAAUUCAUCGAUUUAGUUGCGUUAAACUAUCCCAAUUUCAAGCAUUCGUCCCUAUCAUUGAGCGGCGCGGUACACGUGUUGGUGAGCAGUAAAAGAAUAUCCGAUGCGCAGUCUUUGAUUCUGAGGAUGAUUAGGAGGAGCGGAGCUUCUCGAAUUGAGAUCGUCGAUUCGUUAUUCGGCACUUACGCGAAAUGUGGGUCGAAUUUAUACGUUUUCGAUUUGUUCGUUAGGACUUACGUUCAAGCUAGGAAGUUUCGGGAGGCGGUUGAAGCCUUUCGUUUGUUGGAUUUACGGAACAUUGAUGUAUCCAUCAAUGCGUGUAAUAGUCUUCUAGGUGGACUUGGUAGAAUCGGGUGGGUCGAUUUGGCACGAGAGGUGUUCGAUGAAAUGAUCACAAGAAGAACCGAUUUGAAUGCUUACACACUCAACAUCAUGGUGAAUGUGUUCUGCAAGGAUGGUAAGAUUGAGAGAGCAAAGGGGUUUUUAACCGAAAUGGAGGAAAGAGGGAUCUUUGCCGAUAUAGUGACGUACAAUACUUUGAUCAACGCUUAUUCUCGUGAAGGGAAUAUCGAAGAGGGUUUAGAAACGAUGAGGUUGAUGCGUGAUAAGAAUUUGGAACCUAGUCUUUUGACUUACAAUUCGAUAGUCAACGGUUUGUGCAAAAACGGGCACUACGCGAGAGCCAAGGGAGUUUUAAACGAGAUGGUGCAGAACGGGCUUUGUCCUGAUACGUCCACUUACAACUCGUUGCUAGUUGAGUGUUGCAGAAAAGAUAAUUUGGUAGAAGCCGAGGCAAUUUUUAAUGAAAUGCUAUCGAACGGUGUGACGCCGGAUUUGAUUAGUUACAGUUCGGUUAUCGGGUAUUUUUCAAGAAUUGGAGAUCUUGGUCGUAUGAUAGGUUAUUACAAGGAUAUGCAGAGCAAAGGGCUAAUACCCGACAAAAUCGUCUACACCAUUCUGAUUGGUGGAUUCAGCAGGCACGGUGCUAUUGCGGAGGCUAUGAACGUGCGUGACGAAAUGGUGACACGUGGCUGCCAGCUGGACGUGGUGACUUACAACACUCUUUUGAACGGCUUAUGCAAAGAGCAUAUGCUUUGUGAGGCGGAUGCCCUUUUCAACGAGAUGGUUGAAAGGGGCGUUUUUCCCGAUUUUUGCACUUACACAACCCUAAUAAACGGGUACUGCAAAAAGGGUGAUAUGGAUAGAGCAUUGGACUUGUUUGAAUCUAUGCUUCAAAGAAAUCUCAAGCCCGAUGCGGUUACGUAUAAUACAUUAAUCGAUGGAUUUUGCAGAGUAGGUGAAAUGGGAAGAGCUAUAAAUUUGAGGGAUGAUAUGAUUUCUAAAAAGAUAAAUCCUAAUUAUAUAACGUACGGUACUCUAAUGAAUGGAUUCUGCAACGGUGGUUAUUUACCGGAUGCGUUUAAAUUAUGGAACGAGAUGGUCGAUAAAGGCAUCGAGCCCAAUAUCGUAAUUUGCAAUUCUCUUGUGAAGGGGUACUGCAGGAAUGGUGAGCUGGAUAAGGGAUUCGAGUUUCUGAGUAAGAUGAAAUCGAGAGGUGUUCAUCCCGAUUGCGUUACUUACAACACGUUGAUACAUGGAUUUAUGAAAGAGGAGAAUGUUGACUUGGCCUUUGACUUGGUGAAUCGAAUGGAGAAAGAAAAUCUUGUGCCCGAUUCGGUUACGUAUAAUGUUAUUCUGGACCAGUUUUGCAAGCUCGGUAGAAUGCAAGAAGCGGAUACGAUAUACAGAAAGAUGAUUAAGGGGGGAAUUAGUCCCGAUAGAUCUACGUUUACUUCGUUGAUCAACGGAUUUGUGUCGCAGGAAAAUUUAAAGGAAGCUUUUCGGUUCCAUGAUGAAAUGCUGAGGAGGGGUUUUGUGCCGGACGAUAAGUUUUAGUUUCGAAUUGUUGUGCUUGUAUUCGAUUUUAUGUGUUCGAUGUUUGUAAUUCCGCAGGUGUUCGAGAGGUUGAUGUAUCGAGCAAUAAAAUAUAUACUGGGGAAAAGUUUUGAUGGAACAUUACUUGAUUUUGUUGUAUAUUCUUCUUGGAUGUGUAAGUAAAGAUUGAUAGGCCAU